AUGAGGGGGCGGGGCUCAGAGCUCCAGCUCCUCCUCCGCCCCCCCCGGCCCUCCUCAUGUGUGCUCGCGUCCCCAUCCUUUCCCGCUCGCCGCGCGCACGCGCCACUUCGCGCUCUCCCGUCCCUCGCGCGGCCGGGUGCCCAGACCGUGCUGCGCCUGCGCCUUGCGUCUUCCCGGCGUGCUCGGCGGGAGUGUCAUGGCGGCUUCCUGCGGCCGGUUCCCGCACAUGGGCUGAGGGGACGCCGGCAGCGCGGGACCGUUGGCGCGAGUGAGGCGGAGCGCGGGGAGCGCGGCAGCGCUAUGCUGGCCCUCGAGCGCUCCCUGCUGCGGGGUUUUUUCAGCUCGGCGGAGUCUCAGGAAUGGAAGCAGGGCGAAAUCUCGGCCACAGAAAGUGGAUCAGUAUUGCAGCUGAUUUUUGAUGGGAAAUAUGAGGCAAUAUUUUCAAAUUCGACUAUCCAGAAUAUUUUCAGUGCAUCUUCUGUGGCAGAGGAGGACAUUGAAAGUUACUUGGAGAAGCAGAUUCUAAUGUACCUGGAUGGUUCUACGGAGGUUGAUAAUGUGGAAAGGCAGAGGCUGAUGUUUCUACUCGGCGUGGGCAGUUUACAGCUCUUCGUUCAAAGCAAUUGGACUGGGCCUCCUGUUCACUUACAGCUGCAGGACUUCUUACCAUCUGCAUUGUUACAGAAGUGUCUUGAGGUAUACUUGAGUUUUAAUAAGCUGUCCUUCUACAGUGACUUCUAUUCAUGAAUAACCCAUAUACCC